UGUAGGCCUGGGGUCAGUGUCGGGCGCCGCCGGCGGCAGUGUGCGCCGCGACGUCUCACAAUACGCACGUAGCGUUCGAUCCGGUGCGACAUAUAACCUCACGACGACAACACAAAAUAGAUCCCGCCAUGUCGACGGCGUUAGACGGGCGCGUCUACGGACACGCCAAGCUGAACGGGGACUACCGCGGGACCAACGGGACCGGCGGGACCAGCGGGACCAACGGUUACGCUGAAGAUACCAUGUGGGCCGGGCAGUUCCUACCGCCGCCGCUGAGGCUGGCCGAUAACGCACGGGCUUUGAAGGUGGAGGCAUGCCUGGCAGUGCUGAACCUGUGCGGCGACGCCCUGCGUCGCGUGGCCAACGUGUUCGAGCGUGAGCUCACGAGGGGACUGAGACAGCAGCCGUCUUCGUUGCAAAUGGAGAACACAUACGUUCCUGAGCUGCCGGAUGGCACAGAGGAAGGCGUGUUCCUCGCGCUGGACCUGGGCGGCACCAACUUCAGAGUGCUGCUGGUGGAGCUGCGGAGCGGCCAGAUGGUGCGGGAGGACGUUAAGCAGUACCACAUCAGUGACGAACUCCGACUGGGCCCAGGCGAGGACUUGUUCAACUUCCUCGCUGACUGCGUGCAGGACUUUGUGCGCUCCGAGGGCAUGGAGGACCAGAAGAUGUCACUGGGUUUCACAUUCUCAUUCCCAAUGAAGCAACACUCGAUCUCGUCCGGUGAGCUGAUCACCUGGACCAAGAGCUUCAAGUGCGGCGGCAUGGGCGGCGUGGACGUGGCCGCGCUGCUGCAGCGCUGCCUGCACCAGCGCCGGCUGCAGGUCGCCGUGAGCGUGCUGCUCAACGACACCACCGGCACGCUGGUGGCCGGCGCGCAGCAGGACAGGCGAGUCGAAAUCGGCGUGAUAAUGGGUACGGGCUCCAACGGCUGCUACAUGGAGUCGGCGUCGGCGGUGACGCACUGGGAGGCGGCGCGGCGCGGGCGCGGCUCCGCCGUCUGCGUCGACAUCGAGUGGGGCGCGUUCGGGGACAACGGCUGUCUGGACUUCUUGAAAACGGACUUGGACAGAGAAGUGGACGCCCGCUCGCUGCUCGUAGGCUCUUUCACAUUCGAGAAGUACAUCGGCGGCAAGUACCUCGGCGACUUGCUGCGCGCCGCGCUGGCGCGCCUGGCCGGCGCCGGCCUGCUGCCCGCCGCGCCGCCGCCCGGCUCCAUCUCCUCCGAGCACGUCAGCUUCUUUGAGGAGGACAACGAGAACGGUUCAACAACGCGCACGCUGGCGGCGCUGCGCGCGGCGUGCCCCGAGUCGGCGGCGGCGUGGUCGGACGCCGACGCGCUCGUCGCGCAACACGCCGCUAGGAUGGUCUCGAAUCGCGCCGCACAACUCGUCUCAGUCUGCGUCGCCGUGUUAGUGGAGCGCAUGGCGCGGCCUCACGUCGUGGUGGCCGUGGACGGCUCCGUGUUUAAGCGACACCCGAGGAUCCGAGGGCUCAUGGAGAAAUACAUCGCCCUGCUACAACCUUACGAGUUCUCCCUGAUGGGCGCCGAGGACGGCAGCGGGAAGGGCUCCGCGCUCACCGCCGCCAUCGCCGCGCGCAUCGCCGCGCAGAACUAAGCUGCACGUUAUAUCCACAAACCAAACUGACGACCGGGAUCGUGAACCUUCUCUUUCCCGCUUACGUGGUCACGGCACGAGUGACAUAGAUAGUGAUAUGACCUCGGUUUUGUUUUGGUUCGGUGCGCCGGCCGCCUACUUGGAUAGAAGCCGAGCGCGACGCGAGACUGAAACUUAGGCCAGGAUUACACUCGUCUUACGUAAGUAAGGACAAAGCUAUUUGCUAGAAUGAGAUAACGAUAUUCAUAUCUCAUUCUGUAGUAUAGCUGUGUCCCUACUUACGUAAGUAAAACUUACGAGUGUAAUUCUGGCCAGGCCUCGGUCUUCGGUUGACGUACGCUGCGUACAGCGUAGCGUACCUAUGGGAAGAUAGCUACUUGCUUUUAGUUUUAAAUUAUGACGCUGUGAGUACUAUAGUUACGCAGCGUACAGUGUCAACUGGCGACAAAGGUUGCCCCCGGAACGCACACGACGUAGAUAUAUUAAUAUUUUAUACUGCGAGUCAAAAAUUUUGUAUGUAGCAAAUGGCUAAACUGUACAUCGAUUUGCGGUUUUUCUUUGAAAUUGGGCUCGUACGGCUUCCACUAUGGGGCAGCAUUCUUGUAUCGAUGCAGGGUUGAAGCAUUUCAUACUCGUUUAUAUCAAUAACUAGUAAUUGUACUCCGGAAUACUUUAGUUUUAGUAGGCAACAAGAUGAUUGUGAUAUUGUGUGAUCGCUCGCGGGUCGAGUGCGUGUGUGUGUCACGUUUCAUACGUUUCCAUAGGGUACAGACCCGCGGUGGAACUUGACUUUUAGGUAUAGCGCGUAUUACAGCGUGUAUUUUUGAUACGACCACGUUCCCAGGAGCGGUAUUCGACAUGCGUUAAGUGACGUUACGUGUUGAACUUCAGUUGAAUGGAAGAAAUCGUGUGUUGUCGAAUAGGUAAAUUUGACAUUAGCAAUCCACAGUUAGGUGACAACGAAACCAAACCGAACCACGACGAGUUCAGAGCCAUUUUAAACCGACAACCGUAUAGUAGUAAGAAAACAAAGUUGAUUUUUGUUGAAUAAUUUUUUCAAUGAAUGAGUUUUGGUUGUACCAAAUGAUACUUUCCACGGUUGAUGAACAAAUGAUUCAUUCCACUGUUGAACUGAUGUUGAAGCCGAACCUGACAGUUGUGCAUCUCGAAUAGGGCCCCAGGUAGCAUUUACAGGUCAUUAUAACGUCAGCGACGUCAUAAUGACUUCAUAAUGACGUCACUUUGCUAGCUGGAUUCUAAGGGUUGUGACCCAAAUGAAUUAACUUUCAUAGGUUUUUCUAAAAAUGUACUUUUAUUUUUCCAUAUAAAAUAAUUCAGCACGCAAUGUAUCAUUAGAUACUUUGUUUUUAUUAGAAAGGUCGCACUUACUGAUGCGACGUCACAACGUGACAAGUGAUGAGUUGAUGACUAAUAUAUGUAAUUUGCGGUUGUAUUGAAAAUACACUCUGAAUAUACCAUUUUGUAUAAUAGUUUUUACAGCGUUGUGCCAUACUCAUUAGGAUUAGGUACCUACUUUAGAUUUUUAGAUAACUGACAUAUACAUUCUAAUAGCACUAUUUGCCUCAAUUUCUGUCAGUGAUCAACAUAAAUGUGCCAUUUUCAAUCAAAAUGAUACUUAUUGUCGCUUGUCAGUAAAGCGCUAUUUCCAUAUAGCUUCAAUUCGAAAUCAACCUUAUCGACAAGCGACAAUGGUACCUUUUGGUUGAAAACGUCACAUUUCAUGUUUUGGGAUAACCAGGGACGGGCUUAAAUAUAUUGUUGUAUAAUUUAAUAAAUAGAUAAGUGAUAUAUCUCCUUUGAUAUACAAGUUGUUAUUGUAUUUAGUUUGUAAGUUAAACCUCAGACGUAUAAUAUUACUUAUUUUACAGAGAAUAUUUUGUUAAAUAUUUGUUUUAUAAAAUACUUACACAUUUAUAAUAGUGCAGCUACAAAGUGUGCGUAUUUGACGACUAUUGUUGUUUUAUUUUAAAUGAAUAUACAAUUUUAUACAAUUG